AUGGCGCCUCUCCCGCUGCCAGGAUUCUCAUCAUUUACCAAGUCAUGGCACUCUGAGCCUAAUCCGUUCAUCUCACCUACAAGACCAGAGCUCUCCGCUGCUGGUAAGAACGUAGUCAUCACCGGCGGAGGUACCGGGAUUGGUCAAGCUACUGACAUCGCCUUUGCCCAAGCUGGUGCCAAAUCCAUCGCCAUCAUCGGUCGAAGGCCUGAAUGUCUUGAAACUUCAGUGAAGGCUAUCCAAGCUACUAACCCCUCGGCCCAGGUCCUAUUCGAAACUGGAGAUGUCACCAAGUUUGAAUCCAUAAGCACCGCAUUGAAGAAGAUCGUUGAUAGACUUGGCAAAAUUGACAUUUUCAUCGCCAAUGCUGGCAUGUUACCAAAGGCUGGCCCAGUCUACGGCUAUGAUGAAGCUCAGCUCCGUCAAGGUCUUGAGAUCAAUGUCAUUGGCCUCUUCAACUCUCUUCAGGCAUUUCUUCCCCUCGCAGCCCUAGGUGCUAAGGUCAUCUACGUCGGCUCUGGCAUAGGUCACUGGGCCCCAAUGGCUGAAGUCCCGGGUGUUUUCAGUUACGCUGCAGCCAAAGCAGCCGCUUUGAAGAUGAUUGACUACUUCGCGUUCGAGAACCCGCACAUCCAUGUCGUCAGUAUUCAACCUGGUAUCAUUGCGACAGGAAUCAAUCCCGACCUUAGUGUUGGAUUCGAUACAGUGGAGUUGCCAGCUCAUUUUAUGGUAUGGCUUACAUCAGAGGAAGCUGGGUUCUUGAAGGGCAAGUUUGUCUGGGCAAACUGGGACGCCCAAGAGCUUCUAGCGCGAGCAAAAGAGAUCGAAUCGACUAUGGUCCUGAGAAUCAUUUUGAAUGGAGUUGAUAUGUAG